UCCACGAGUUAUAUUAGACUCCAAACCCCAACCCUACCCUAUAAUAACAUAGUUGAUUAAUAAUAAAAUUAUACUCAACGUAGAUUUUUUAUGGGCAACGUACCGGUGCUAAACAUUGCUGACCCUGCUCUUAUAAAAACCCUAUUGGUAAAGGACUUUCAUCUGUUCCCUAACCGUACCAAACUUCGGCCGUCCAGUAAUGCCAUAACCACACAAAACCUAAACCAACUGUCCGGCGACGACUGGAAACGUGUCCGCUCUAUAGUGUCGCCAACUUUUUCAUCGGGAAAAAUGCGCAAAAUGUACCCUCGAUUUCGGGAAUGUUUGACAGACUUCAUGAGACACCUGGACGGCAUAGCUCGUACCGGACAGACUAUAGAUUUGUGGAAAGCGUUUGAUGAUUUUGCAAUUGACGUGAUCGCCACCACCGUAUUUGCCACCAAAAUAGAUACCUAUAAGUCACGGGACAAUCGGUUUGUGGUAAAUGCGAGGCAAAAGUUUUCAUUUAACCUGAUCCAGGCUAUGGCCGGAAUUAUGUUGCCUAAGUUUUUGAGUCAAUGGCUAAAGGUUACAGAUCCCAAGUCUAAUGAGUUUUUCAUAGAUACUGUGAGACAUAUUAUAGGUCAGCGAAAGGAAAUGGGUACUGGGCAAAAGUAUAAUGAUUUUGUACAACUGCUUAUGGAUGCAAAGUUAAGGGAUAUUAAGGACCGUAAAAUGAUGCAGGACGAUGUCGAUGAUCACGUUGAUGAGGGAGAUGAAGAGUCGGAAAUUAGGCGAAAGGUUUUGGACAUCAAUUACGCCCGAAAACAGUUGACUGAGAACGAGGUGAUCGCACAGGCGUUUGUGUUUUUAUUAGCCGGGUAUUUCACCACAUUCUCAGCACUGGCUUAUUUUACCUACGAGUUGGCCCUAAACCCCUUAAUUCAACAGAAACUCUACGACGAGAUAAACGGUGCCAUCGAUUCGGACGGAGAGAUACCGUACGACGUGUUGACACGACUUCCCUAUUUGGAGGCCGUGUUCGCGGAGUCCCUGCGCCUACACUCCGGCGCCCUCCCAUUAGCCAGACUAGCAACCACUGACUAUAAAUUAGGUGACACCGGGAUUACCAUUAAAGCGGGACAACAGAUUGAGAUCCCUAUAUACGCCAUGCAUUUGUCGGAGCAUUACUUUCCCGACCCCUAUAAGUUUGACCCUGGUAGGUUUAUGCCCGAGAAUAAGCAUAAGAUUAAGCCCUACACAUACUUGCCAUUCGGGGCCGGCCCUCGAAAUUGCAUUGGUAUGCGAUUCGCGUUGAUUGAGAUCAAGAUAUGUAUGGCUCACCUGAUUAGACGCUACCGAUUCUACCGGUGCCCGCAAACGGACGUUCCCAUUGAAUACAAGCGUUUCAUUCACGUAAUGCUUCCCAAACGACUUGUCGUUGGAUUUGAGAAACGCAUUCAAUAAAUGGUUUUAUGAAUAAAAUUUUGCUCAUAAUUAAAAUGAUUAUGCUUACAAUUAGCCUAUUCUUAUGCUCGUUCAUUAUUAAACGGAAUUAAAAUUUUGCU